AGGCUGCAUCGACAGAGAGGCUUUCCCACACCAAGGGGGGGGCGUUGCUGCACGAGAUCCCCCACCCCAGCUCGCGCCGACGCCACCAUGAUGGACCCCUCCUCCUCCACCGCCCCCGCGGCCGCCGUCCCCGCCCACGCGCCGGCUGCCGCCUCCAUCGGCGCUGGCGACGGCGGGGGCCCCGCCGCCGCGGUGUCGGCGGCGGUCGCCACGGCAUCCCGGCGGUUCCAGCACCUGCUUGACCGGUCCACGCCGCACGUCGGGCGGCGGUGGCUGGGCCUCGCCGGGGUGGUGCUCGUGUACGCGCUGCGCGCGUGGUUCGUCGGCGGCUACUACAUCGUGACCUACGCCCUCGGCAUCUACAUCCUAAACCUCCUCAUCGCCUUCCUCUCGCCGCAAGUCGACCCCGAGGUCGCUGAGGUGCUCGGUGAGGGCCCCGCGCUCCCCACCCGCGCCUCGGACGAGUUCCGCCCCUUCGUCCGCCGCCUCCCGGAGUUCAAGUUCUGGUAUUCUAUUGUUAAAGCAUUCUGCAUUGCUUUUGUCAUGACGUUCUUCGGCGUGUUUGAUGUGCCUGUGUUUUGGCCUAUCCUUCUUUUCUAUUGGGUGGUGUUGUUUACGGUCACAAUGAAGCGUCAGAUUCUUCAUAUGGUAAAAUACAGAUAUGUUCCAUUCACCUUUGGAAAACAGCGUUACAGUGGGAAAAGAGCAGCUUCUGCAGAUGAUCUCACACUUCCCAAGGAUUAAGCAAUAAGGAAUCUGGAAAUGUGAAAUGCUUUUGUUAGUUAUUACAUAGUAACUGGAAAUUGCUUACAGUGGCUGCUGAGUCAGUCCAGAGGCAACUCCUCACAAUGAUCUGAACGUUGCAGUGCUAACAUCAAAGCAUUAGAACCUCGUUGAACCCCUGGUAUCUUUACAGUGCUGACAGGAUAGGCCUUGGCAGCCUGCCCUGGAGUGCUUUUUUUUUCCAAUGGUGUUUCCGUACUAGAGCAAAAUGACUGUACACAUUUGUUGCUCCACAUCUCCUUGUAUAUCACAUAACGUGGAGAAGGAUGGCCCAGAAUAUUGUAUACUUGAGUUUUGUUAAAUGCUUUAUUGAACCAUCGUGUCAUGCA